GCAUGCAUCUUCCUGUCUUUAUGGGCGUGCUUUUACAUACCCUGCACGGUCCUUAGCGCGGAGGCCGGCCGGCUGAAUGUCUUCGUAAGACGGCGGGCCGAUAAUCAGAAUUCUCAGCGUGCGCGCGAAGGCGGAUCGUCGAUGCAGGAAUUUCUGACCAUCCCUGCAGAUAACGCCUUCGUAGGUGUUGUCACUUGAUGUCGAGACAAUACAAGUCGGCCUCGACGGAUGCAGCACUAUGAGAUUCCGCACAUGAAUGGACGAUGCUUGGAAGGCGCCGUAACAGCAUCACAGGCCGCCUGAAUAGGGAGCGCCUCCAAGUCGCGCCAUGAGCCAUUGACGUUGACCCUUCUCAUGCUAGAAGACAUCCAAAAUAAACUGGGCCGCAUCUUCAUGACUCAUCUUAGCAGAUCGCUUAGUUUGGCUCGCCGA